AGCCUUUCCACCUCAAGGAACGUUUUCUUGUUUGCAUCCAGCGUGAGCACUUUGUACUCUGUAGUAAUGGCUACAUGUGCUGUGGGCAAGGCCGAGAACAUGUGUGGAAAGGCUCUGUGUGAGUCUGGUGGAUACGGUGGAUCCAAUGUCGAAGCUGAUGCGGAGAAAGCGGAGAAAGCUUCUCCCGGGCUUCGCAGGAACUCCAAAAGCAGCGUCACCGCAGGCAUCCGCCGCAGUGACAGCAGCUAUGCGCUUUUGUUGCGCCUAGAAGAAGCUGGAGCUGAGUGGCGUGAUGUGGAAGGUUUCAGCGAUACAGAGUCACCCAAGCAGAGCAUUUUGAAUGACGAGAACGACGAGAUCGGGAGGUCCCUUUCACCUUCAAAGAGAUGGGAGACGGACAGAGACAGGUUCAUGCAGAUCAGCCACUUGCAUCAAGCCCCAACUUUUCCAAGGGUCCUUUGUGUUUCUCGUCGCUACUUGCGCAAGAACAAGUACGUGGACAUUACCGGCGAGUACCACCUGGACCUCAUCCAGGACUAUGGUGGUGCACCGGUGAUCUUACCCCGGACAGCCAAGACCAUACAGCAACUCUGUGAAUAUCUCCCUAUGGACGGCCUAGUCAUUGCAGAAGGCAACGACCUUUCUGAUGACAUCUUGCUGAAAUAUGGCUGUAACGUGCCUGAACGCCUCACUGGUGAAGCGGCCAAGAAGUUUGCGAGUGACACAGAGAUGGAUGUUCCAAAGGAUGAGUUGGAGUUUGCCUUGAUGCGCUUUGCUUUAGCUGCAGGUGUCCCGAUCCUGACUUUCUGCCGAGGCUCCCAAAUGCUGAACUGCAUGCGAGGUGGAACUCUCAUUGGUGACAUUGAGAGUCAAACAGACAGCAAUAUCAAACACUUGAGGGACUCGAGUGAUCCUGAAUAUGACAGCUUCAGGCACCCAAUUGAAGUCAAACCCAACACUCCAUUGGCCGAGUGGUUUGGUGACAGCUUGGGAGAUGGCAACGAUGGCAACGAUGGCAAGACGUUGAUGGUCAACUCCUACCACCACCAGGCGUCAAAGGACUUGGGAUGGAGCUUGGCGCCAAUGGCACACAGCCCCGAUGGACUCAUUGAGGCUUUCUAUGAUCCACGAUAUGAUCCCAAGAAGGGACAAUUUGUGGUGGGUUUGCAAUUCCAUCCUGAACGCAUGCUUGGAGAUUAUCCUGGCUGUGCUCGAUGCUAUGAGUCCUUCUUGGAGGCUUGUAGGGCAUACAAAGAUGCACAAGAUGCCUCUGCGUAGGUAGCCGCUCCAGCCGUGGCUGUGCCUUUUGAUGCAUGGCAUGGCUUGGAUUGGAGGCUUCGGUGCGACAUGCAGAGACUUCAAGCCGAAUCCAGACUUUCUGAAAUAUUUGAAUCAAAAUUGGGCUGUGCCCAAAUUUUAAAACGCGCCUUUCAAGGCCAACUUUGGACCCCUGUGCCAGCGAAGCUGCUCGUGGGAAGAUUUUAGAUGUUGAAGGACCUUAUCCUUUCUUUGGCCUCGCUGCCAAUAGGCCCAAAGACACUGACUCUUGGUGGUCAUUGACUCAAAGACCGAAAA